AUGGGUAAGGGACAACCUAGAGGUUUGAACGCCGCCCGCAAGCUCGCGAACACUCGUCGUGAGAACCGUUGGGCCGAUCUUCACUACAAGAAGCGCCUUCUCGGUACCGCCUACAAGUCCUCUCCCUUCGGUGGUGCUUCCCACGCCAAGGGUAUCGUUCUUGAGAAGGUCGGUGUUGAGGCCAAGCAGCCCAACUCCGCCAUUCGCAAGUGUGUCAAGGUCCAGCUUAUCAAGAACGGCAAGAAGGUCACUGCUUUCGUCCCCAACGACGGUUGCUUGAACUUCAUCGAUGAGAACGACGAAGUCCUCCUUGCCGGUUUCGGUCGUAAGGGUAAGGCCAAGGGUGAUAUUCCCGGUGUCCGUUUCAAGGUCGUCAAGGUCUCUGGUGUCGGUCUGAUGGCUCUGUGGAAGGAGAAGAAGGAGAAGCCCCGUUCGUAA